AUGGUGGCUAACUCAACCACUAACUUGACACAACUCCUGCAAUUAGAGCUUAUGGACAAGUGCAUUGGAUCAAGAAUUCACACUGGGCUGGGCAGUGGUGAUAAAAGAAUUUACACUGCAAUGAAGAGUGACAAAGACAUUGUUGGUACACUUCAAGGAUUUAAUGACCUCGUAAAUAUGGUGCUAGUAGUUGUGACAGAGUUGACGGGAAGGAGGACUAUUACAUUAGAUCAAAUUUUACUAAAUGGAAGUAAUACAGCAAUGCUGACUACUGGAGGAGAAGGGCAUGAAGUAUGA